AACAAAGCUAGAAACAAUCAUAAAAUAAAACAAGGAAAAGAAAAGAAGCCACCGAAAGAGAUUGGAGAACAAAGCCGAGUUUCCAGUCCCCAGAUUCCACAUUCCAUGACAACGAGCGAUCCGAGGGCGCCCUAAUGACUCCUAGCUGGCACACAAAUGACGAAUUAUGAGAACCUUAUAAAUUUGCCAUUAAACUUUAAUGCAAAUAAUCACGCCGCCAAUAAUAAUGAGAACAAUGCCAAAAUUGCCAUCGCUGGCGAGCAGCUGUUGAAUAAGAUGUCGCAGCGGGAUUUCUCCGAGAACGAGCCGGAAUGCACGCCGGAGCUUCCCGCCGCGAACCGUGCUCUCUUUCUGGAGAAGGUUCGCCAGUCGAAUGGUGCCUGCCAGAGCGGAGACUUCGCCACGGCGGUGCUGCUGUACACGGAUGCUCUUCAGCUGGAUCCUGGCAACCACAUCCUCUACAGCAAUCGGUCGGCAGCUCUGCUAAAGCAGGGACAAUUCACUGCCGCUCUGCAGGAUGCUACGCAGGCGCGGGACUUGUGUCCCCAAUGGCCAAAGGCUUACUUCCGCCAGGGCGUGGCCCUUCAGUGUCUUGGUCGUUAUGGUGAGGCUCUGGCUGCCUUUGCCUCCGGUUUGGCCCAGGAGCCGACCAACAAGCAGCUAAUGGGAGGUCUCGUAGAGGCCUCAUUGAAAAGUCCACUGAGGACAGCGUUGGAACCAACGCUGCAGCAGCUGCGCACCAUGCAGUUGCAGGAAUCACCAUUUGUGGUCAGCUCGGUGGUGGGCCAGGAGCUGCUCCAGGCUGCCCAGUAUCCAGCGGCGGUGACGGUUCUCGAGGCUGCCCUGCGGAUCGGCAGUUGCUCCCUGAAGCUGCGCGGAUCCGUUUUCAGUGCCUUGAGUUCCGCCCACUGGGCCUUGAAUCAACUGGAUCAGGCCAUUGGCUACAUGCAGCAGGAUCUGGCGGUGGCCAAGUCCUUGGGUGACACGGCGGGAGAAUGCCGGGCACAUGGCAACCUUGGAUCCGCCUACUUUAGUCAGGGAGCGCACAAGGAGGCGCUGACAGCCCAUCGCUACCAACUGGUGCUGGCCAUGAAAUGCAAGGAUACGCAGGCAGCGGCUGCCGCCCUCACCUCGCUGGGUCACGUGUACACGGCUAGCGGAGAUUACCCCAACGCACUGGCCUCCCACAAACAGUGUGUGCAGCUGUUCAAGCAGCUGGGAGAUCGACUGCAGGAGGCCCGAGAGAUCGGCAACGUGGGAGCUGUGUACUUGGCCCUCGGUGAGUGUGAAGCCGCUCUGGAUUGUCACUCGCAGCAUCUGAGAUUGGCACGCAAGUUGCAUGACCAGGUGGAGGAGGCCAGGGCCUACUCCAAUCUGGGAUCUGCUCACCAUCAGCGGCGUCAGUUCACCCAGGCGGCCGCGUGUCAUGAGCAGGUCCUGCGAAUAGCUCAGGCUCUGGGGGACCGCUCCAUGGAGGCGGCCGCCUACGCUGGAUUGGGACAUGCGGCGCGCUGUGCCGGCGAUGCCAGUGCCUCCAAGAGGUUCCACGAACGACAGUUGGCCAUGGCGCUGGCGGCGAGGGAUAAGCUGGGAGAGGGCAGAGCCUGCUCCAAUCUGGGCAUUGUCUACCAAAUGCUGGGAUCCCAUGAUGCGGCCCUAAAACUACACCAGGCUCAUCUGGGCAUUGCCCGCUCCUUGGGCGACAGGACGGGUAUGGGACGGGCGUAUGGGAAUAUGGCCAGGAUGGCGCACAUGGCCGGAUCCUACGAGGCUGCCGUGAAGUACCACAAGCAGGAGUUGGCCAUCAAUCAGGCGAUGCACGAUCGCAGCGCGGAAGCGGCCACGCACGGUAAUCUAGCGGUAGCCUAUCAGGCUCUGGGAGCCCAUGAUGCCGCUCUGACCCAUUAUCGAGCUCACUUGGCCACCGCCAGAUCACUGAAGGACACCGCCGGCGAGGCCUGCGCCCUGCUCAACCUGGGUAACUGCCUCAGCGGGCGGCAGGAGUACGAGGAGGCGGUGCCGCACUAUGAGAGCUACCUGAUGCUCGCCCAGGAACUGGGCGAUGUGACUGCCGAGGGCAAGGCGUGCCACCUGCUUGGCUAUGCCCACUUUUGUCUUGGCAACUUCCGUGCGGCUGUGCGGUACUACGAUCAGGAUCUGGCCCUCGCCAAGGACGCCCAACAUCGGCCGAACAUGGGGCGAGCUUAUUGCAACCUGGGACUGGCUCACCUGGCACUGGGACACACUGCUGCCGCUUUGGAGUGCCAGCAGCUUUUCCUUGCGGUGGCACACGCCACCAACCAACUGCCAGCCAAGUUUAGGGCAUUGGGGAACAUUGGAGACAUCCUUAUCCGAACGGGUUCACACGAGGAGGCCAUCAAAUUAUAUCAAAGACAACUGGCUUUGGCCCGAGCCGCAGGAGAUCGAUCGAUGGAGGCAGCUGCCUGCGGAGCUCUAGGUUUAGCCCAUCGACUGAUGCGGCGCUGGGACAAGGCUCUGGGGCAUCACACCCAGGAGCUGACGCUGCGCCAGGAGCUAGGCGACUUGUCUGGUGAGUGUCGUGCCCAUGGACACUUGGGAGCAGUGCACAUGGCGCUAUGCAGCUGGACAAAUGCUGUCAAGUGCUACCAGGAGCAACUAGAGAGGGCGCAGGAGCAACGUGAUGCGGCAGUAGAGGCGCAGGCUCAUGGAAAUCUGGGAAUUGCUCGUCUCAAUAUGGCACAUUAUGAGGCAGCUAUUGGUUGUUUGGAGGCCCAACUGGGCACUUUGGAGCGUGUGUCCUUGCCCUCCACUCAAGCGGAUCGAGCCAGAGCCUUGGGACACCUCGGCGAUUGCUAUGCCGCCUUGGGUGAUUACGAGGAGGCUCUGAAGUGCCAUGAUCGACAGCUCCAACUGGCCUUGGGCCUGACCAGUCAUCGGGAUCAGGAGCGAGCCUACCGUGGAUUGGGACAAGCUCGACGGGCUCUGGGUCAGUUGACGGCGGCCCUGGUUUGCCUCGAGAAGCGUCUGGUGGUGGCCCACGAACUGCAUAGUGCGGAGAUCAAGGCCCUGGCCUACGGUGACUUGGGACAUGUGCACGCUGCCCUUGGGAAUCAUUCGCAGGCUCUGAAUUGCCUGGAACAUCAGCGGGAGCUGGCACAAGGUCUACAGGAUCGUGCCCUCGAAUCGGAUGCCAUAUGCGCCUUGGGGCAGGUUCAGCAAAGGAUGGGUCAGCAUGCAGCGGCCCUGGAUCUACACCAGAAGGACCUGCAAAUUUGCACAGACUUGGCUGCACCCACGUUGCAGGCCAGAGCUCUGAGCAACUUGGGAUCCGUGCACGAAUCUCUGGGUCAGCAGGACGAAGCCCUCAAAUGCUACGAGAGGCAGCUGGAACUAAGCUCAGAUCGAUUGGGCAAGGCAAUGGCCUGCCUGGCCCUGGGUCGGGUUCAUCAUCAGCUGGAGCAACACAACCAGGCCGUGGAGUAUCUGCGGCAGGGAUUGGCGAGCGCCCAGACAAUGGGGAAGUCCGAGGAGGAGGCCAAGAUAAGACAUCAACUAGGUCUUGCCCUUCGCUCCUCCGGCGACGCCGAAGGUGCUCACCUUCAACUGGAAACCGCUGCCCAGCUGCUGGAAUCUGUGAGGCACGAACAACGUAGCCCCGAGACCCGCCUGGCUCUCUAUGAUCUGCAGACCAGCUGCUACCACCUGCUGCAGGUCCUGCUUGUGGGUCUGAAUCGCAACGAGGAUGCCCUUGUGGCCGCCGAACGAUGCAAGGCUCGGGGAGGAGCUGAUGCCAUCAGCGGGGAGAGCAGCAAGACCCCCUUGGCGGACAGCGAGGCCAUCCAGGACACGGUGAACCGGGGACGGAUGCCCGUGCUCUACUAUAGCCUGGCCGGGGAGCAGCUCUUUGCCUGGCUCCUGCAACCGCAGACCGGAAUCGUGCGCUUCCAUGCUGCCCGCAUCGAUGCCCAGAGCCUUCAGCUGCCUUUGUCCCUCAGCGAAGAGGAGGAGGAACUGGAUAUGGAGCGGGAACUGGAAUUGGAACGGGAACAGGGCGAGGACAGCCCCGAUGGCUUACUGGAGCGCUACGUGAAUAUGGUGCGGGACAAUCUUGGAGUCAACUCGCAGAGUCUUCUGCACGAGGGCGACGGCAGUGGUUGGCGAGCCAGCACGGAGCAGCUGCUGGAGGAUCUGCCCGGAGCUGGUGGCUCCGGCGGUGGCGGCGGCUUCCUGCGAAUGGUGAGCCGUAACCAGCUGCUCAACUCCUCCAACUACUCGCUGAGCUCCCUGUUCUCCCUGGGAUCGGUCGGCGGCUCGGUGGCUAGUCUCCAGGGCUCUACGCGUUCCGUGGGCAGCCGCAGCUCGCGUAGAGCUCCGGCUUUGCCCGCUUGGCGAGGACCCUCCUGCCUGCAUACUCUGUACAAUCUGCUGCUGGCUCCAUUCGACGACCUGCUGCCGGCUGGAGGAGCUACAACCAAUCGACAGGGCAGGCGGGAGCUGGUCCUGGUGCUCGACAGCUCCCUGUACCUGGUUCCCUUUGCCAUACUGCGCGCAGCUCGCGAGGAUGGCGAAUAUUUGUCGGAGCGUUGUGCCAUCUUGACGGCUCCAUCGCUGCAAUCACUGCGAGGACGUCCGAAGCCCCGAAGAGACAGAGCUCGUCCUCCCAAGGCCCUAGUGGUGGGUGGUCCUCGAGUCCCGUCCACUCUGGCCGAGAGCUGGGGUUGGGCUGGAGCCGAGUCACCCGCCGCCUUGCAGGAGGCCGCCAUGGUGGCGGAUAUGCUGCAGGCCACCGCCCUGGCUGGGUCUAAUGCCACCAAAGAGUCCGUGCUGGCCGAGCUACCCUCCGCUGAGUGUGUCCACUUUGCAGCGAACCUGAGCUGGCAGCUCGGCGCUGUGGUCCUUAGUCCUGGAGAUGUGGUCACCGCCGAACAGCAGCAGCAGAAGGAGCCUCAUGAGCCACAGUUAGCUGACUUCACCCUGGCUGCAGGAGAACUGCGUCACCUUCGACUCAGUGCCCGCUUGGUGGUGCUUAGUUCGUACCAUUCCGUGGAACCCAUCACAGGAGCCGGAGUGGCUAAUCUUGCAGGAGGUUGGCUAACGGCAGGAGCCGGCGCAGUGCUCAUCUCGCUGUGGCCAGUUCCGGAGACGGCGGCCAAGAUUCUGCUGCGCGCCUUCUACUCCGCAUUGUUGCAGGGAGCUCGAGCAGCUCGCGCCUUGGCGGAAGCCAUGCAGACGGUGCAACACACCAAGCACUUUGCCCACCCGGCCAACUGGGCAGGAUUCCUGCUGGUGGGCAGCAAUGUUAGACUAUCGAACAAGGUGGCCCUGGGACAUGCACUUUGUGAGCUACUUCGAACACCGGAACGAUGCCGGGAUGCGCUGCGCGUCUGCCUGCAUCUGGUGGAGAAGAGUUUGCAGCGGAUUCACCGAGGCCAGAAGAAUGCCAUGUACACCACCCAGCAGAGUAUCGAGAACAAGGCGGGUCCGGUGGCGGGUUGGAAGGAUCUCUUGAUGGCAGUGGGCUUCCGCUUUGAGCCGGCCGCCAAUGGGAUUCCGUCCAGCGUUUUCUUCCCGCAAGCGGAUCCCGAGGAGCGGAUGUCGCAGUGCUCGGCCAGUCUCCAGGCUCUGCUUGCCCUAACACCGGCCACGCUUCAGGCUCUGGCUAAGUUGGUGCACGUAAACAGUGUCGAGUAUGCUGAUGACGUGAUUGGCGUGAUGCGGAACAUCCUAGCCCAGUUCCCGGGCUCCAAUUCCAUCUCCAGCACGAACUCCAUCAAGACCGAUAUAAUGGCUGCGGAGUCCUGCUUCAUAGAGAUGCCCCUGAGUGUGCGUCUGUGGAGAGUGGCAGGUUGCCAUGAGCUCCUAGCCUCCGUAGGCUUUGAUCUGACGGAGGUGGGCGCCGACCAGGUGAUCCUGCGCACGGGAAAGCAGGCCAACCGUCGUCAUUGUCAGUUUGUGCUGCAGGCACUGCUCGCCCUAUUCGAUACUCGCGAGGCGCCCAAGAACCUCGGCAUGGACCCAGGCUCAGCUCACAGCAGCAGCUGCGAAUCCCUGGUAGAACCGGAAAUGGACGUGCCACCUGUACCGCCUGCGGCCACCAGUACUCCGUCUGUGAACGGGGCCACUAAGGCUCCACUGCCUCUGCAUCCGCGAAGCGCUUUCAUCUCGUACGUCCGACGUCGUGGAGAGCCAGACGGUGGGAGAACUGAAGCCAUCGGCGGUGGUGGAACAGGUGGCGGAGGCGGUGGCUUGGACUCCAGUUUGGCCAACACCACCGAUAGUGAGCACUCUCUCUCCGAUGGAUACGCCACCCAGCCAGGAGCGGGUCUCUCUAAUCCUCGACUGGGUUAUGCCAGCAUGCGAGCUCCAGUGCGAGUGUCUCGACCUGGAGGUGGAGGCGAGAGUGAUGCCGCCUUCACACCGAGUCCACCAGUAACAGAUCCCAGCCUAUCGCUGGCUUUGGCCCAUCAAACGCGCAUCAGGAGCCUUUACUCCGCGACCACCUCAGCUUCUACGGCUCCACCGGCGACCGCGACUACCAUAAGCAGGCGUCCGGACAGCUCCAGCUCGGCCAGCAGCACCACGGACUGGGAGGGAUCGGGACAUGCUACUGUGCUACGGCGUGGAGCAAUGCCACAGCAGCAACCUCCUCUGCCGCCGCCACGUCCACCUACCUACCACAAUCUUGGAGUGGGUGCUGGUGGACGCAGUAAACCCAAGAUUAAGCUGGGUAGCGCUCAAAGCUCACUGGCAGCACGAGUUAACAAAGAGCACGCCUUAUUCAUGGACCGGCUGAGUGUGCGCACAGAGCUGAGUGCACCCGGAGGUAAUGCCAUGGGCAAUGGAUCCGCCAGCAGGAAGCCCCUUGCCCUGCCCGAGGAGGAGGAAGUCUCCAAUGUGGCCUUCAAUCCCUCCAGCCUGUACUUUUCGCAGUCGGAUGCCGAUUUGCUUAGCGAACCCAAGCCGGAGGAGGUUCCGGUGGCUUCCAAGUCGAGUGGCAAGUGUUUGCAGGACAGCAUGAUGCGGCACAUAACCCGUGAACUGACUCCUAGCAUCUCGGAAUUGUAUCACGAACGUAAUCUGGGCUUGGGCCUGGCACCGCCGCUAUCCAAGUUGCUGCUGAGUCCCAACUACGAGGAGCAGGAGGUGGUCAACCUGGGUGAGGGUUGUCCACAGUCUGGCGCCGGCCUCAAAACCCUGGUGGAUGCGGUCAACGAACUGGAGCUUAGCGGCAGCUCUUCCGGCGCCACCAUGCCCACUGUGGUGGGCGGUGGAGGUAAUGAGGCCAUGGAGGGAUCGUCUGCACCUGCCACAGAGGACACCUGUCCCAUUUGUGGUGAACACGCAGAUGUGAUAUGCCGCUGCAAGGCAGCAACUAUUCAAAAGAAGAGCAUCCUCAAACCCUGGCUUAGUAAUGUGCCGGCCAGCAGCCUUGUGCAGGCCAGUGAGCUGACUACGGCGGACAUUCUGGAACGACGUCUGGAAAUCCACAGUGCCAACUCUUCGGGAGCUCCCCCUUUCGCGGUGGAUCUAUGCCGUCGUGAUGAGGGUGACGGACGAUCUGUGGCGGAUUCACAGUGCAGCAGCAACUACAAGCGGGUGCUUGCCAAUGCCACUGGAGGCGGAGCAGUUAGUCUGGUGGGGAUUGGAAGCGAAGCGGAGCCACAGAGCACCCCUUCGGCAGCCACCUGCUCAGCUGCCCGCCUGGUCUAGACCUUAGACCCAUAUUUUAACUUAUUUAUUUGUGCACUUAUUUAUUGUUCAUAGUUUAUGGAUAGUUUAUCUUUGUAGUCAAGCCACUGAUUAAAAUGUACUUCAUUAUUUAAAAAGUCUGUAAUUUAAG